CUGAAAAUAACGGUUAAAACAAAGCAAAGAAAAGAUUUUACGUUUUUAUUAGUUGACUAAGUUGAGGGAAGCUUAGUACUUUCCCCGUGUUUCAAAUAAAUUCAUUAAACUACGGUGAAGUAAACAUAUUGAAAAUGGCUCUUGAAAAUACGGUCGAAUUAUCCGAGAAAUACGAAGCAGUUAUGGUUCUCAGUGGAGUGGGGGAUGCUCUAGGUUAUAAGAAUGGUUUGUGGGAAUUCUGUUACAGUGGUACUCAAAUUCAUGAAGAACUAGAAAAACUCGGAGGACUUGAUAAAAUUGACAUUAAAGGAUGGAGGGUUAGUGACGACACUGUACUACACAUUGCUACAGCAGAAGCGUUGGUUUCGGAAUGGACAACAACGGAAGAAUUAUUGAGCAUUAUGGCUACAAAGUACAAGAAGAAAUGUGCUGAGGAUAUGUGGGAAAGAGCUCCUGGGCAGACCACAACAAAAGCAUGUUUCAUGUUACGACCUUUUGAGGAAAAAGGUUACAUUAUACCAUUUAAUGAACGAGGUGGCGGAUGUGGUGCAGCUAUGAGAUCCAUGUGUAUAGGUUUGAAGUUUCCUUGUGAAGAUCAAAUUGAAAUGUUAAUUGAAAGUGAAAGGAUGACUCAUAAUCACCCCACAGGUUAUCUAGGGGCUGUUACUGCAGCUUUAUUUACAGCCUAUGCUAUACAAAAGAUGGCUCAUAAAAAAUGGGGAGCAGGACUUUUAAGCGUUUUACCCAAAGAUUGGGAAUACAUUGAGAAGGUUGGUCGUGAUGUAGAAGAAAACAAGAAAUCUUGGGAAAAAAUAGUUGGGAGUCAUAUCUUGAACUACGGGGAUUAACAAAUGGAACCCGCGAACCAAAGUUUCCAGUAACAUAUAACAUACCUGAAC